GGGGGCGGAGGAGCUGAUCUCCGAGUGCAAGUCCGUGGACUCUGUCAGAGAUUCUCAAGUCGGAGCAGAGGUGGCUGACGGGCCCUUUCCACUGCCUGCUUUUUUGGACAGAAGUCACGGCUGCUCUGAGGGGCGCAGUCCCGGACACUAGGGUGCCACUCACGCGCUGAUGCCCCGAGUGCUCUCGGCUUCCAGCUAAUCAUGCCACAGCCGCCCGCCGCUGCCUUGGCGCUGCCCGUGCUGCUGCUUCUGUUACUGCUGGUGGUGCGGACGCCGCCUCCGACUGGCGCGCGGCCACCCCCAGUUCCUGAUUACCUGCGGCGCGGCUGGCUGCGGCUGCUGGCGGAAGGCGAGGGCUGCGCUCCCUGCCGGCCAGAAGAGUGCGCCGCGCCGCGGGGCUGCCUGGCCGGCCGGGUGCGCGACGCGUGCGGCUGCUGUUGGGAAUGCGCCAACCUCGAGGGCCAGCUCUGCGACCUGGACCCCAGCGCCCAUUUCUACGGGCGCUGCGGCGAGCAGCUUGAGUGCCGGUUGGACGCAGGUGGCGACCUGAGUCGCGGAGAGGUGCCCGAGCCGUUGUGUGUCUGCCGCUCGCAGCGCCCGCUCUGCGGUUCCGACGGCCGCACCUACGCCCAGAUUUGCCGCCUCCAGGAGGCGGCCCGUGCUCGGCCGGACGCCAACCUCACCGUGGCGCAUCCUGGGCCCUGCGAAUCGGCACCGCAGAUCCUGUUGCACCCAUAUGACAUUUGGAAUGUGACAGGGCAGGAUGUGAUCUUUGGGUGUGAAGUGUUUGCCUAUCCCAUGGCCUCCAUAGAGUGGAGAAAGGACGGCUUGGACAUUCAGCUGCCAGGGGAUGACCCCCACAUCUCCGUGCAGUUUAGGGGUGGACCGCAGAGGUUUGAGGUGACGGGCUGGCUGCAGAUCCAGGCUGUGCGUCCCAGUGAUGAGGGCACCUACCGCUGCUUGGCCCGCAAUGCCCUAGGCCAGGUUGAGGCCCCAGCUAGCCUGACAGUCCUCACACCAGACCAGCUGAACUCCACAGGCAUCCCCCAGCUCUCAUCCCUGCACCUGGCUCCUGAGGAGGAGGCUGGGAGUGAAGAGGGCGAAGAUUACUACUAGGUGCAGAGCUGUGGCCCGUGGGGGUGGGUGAGUGGGUGAGUGGGGGUAGUUUUCAUUCCCGCUCUUGAAAAGAUCUGGAAAGGCAGAGCACGGCCCCUUCACAGAUUGAUUUAAUGCCUUUAGUGGGAGAGAUGUGAUGAUGAUGGGAGAGACAAAAAUUGAAGGAUGGUAAGAAGAGAAUCAGAGACUAGGGGAGGUGGGAUGCAAAGGGGCCCAUGCAGGAGAUGCUCUGACCAGGACAGUCUUGUGUGGACCAACUGGGCAGAAUGUAACAGUUGCCUGCUGGUCUGUAGGCUAAGUGGGUGGGUGGCUGACUGGUUGGGGAGGAGCAGAGCUGAGACAAAGGCAUGGAAACACCAGGAUCAUCUACUUCUUUUUAGCAGCCCUCCCUCCAACCCUGCUCAACCAGUCUUCUGACUGCUUUUCUGCAUAGAUCCUGGUCUUAUUUUCCUAGAGCAUAAUCUUUGCCUAACCUCAGUUUAUGCUUCCUCAAAACUCACCUUCUAGAAAAUUUCCCUCUCAUAAAUCCCAGUUCACUUACUAAGUGUUUGGCAUUUGCUAUCUGCUGUCCAGGAGAGCCUGAUAGAGCAUAGUUUAUUUAGCUCAGUGCAGUAAGAUGGGCAUUUGGUCAUGUCUAAUUUUUCUGUCAUUCUAGAAACUCUGUGAGGGCAGCACCAUAUCUUAUACCACUUUGUACUGGACAGUGCCUAGCACAGAACUAGGCACAGUAGGCAUACAAUAAAGACUUAUGAAAC